AUUAAAUAUAUAAAUAUAUAUAUAUAGUUUAUACUUCUCUGAGGAUGAGGCAUGAUUCUAAGAAGCAUGUGUGGUUGUAGGCUCUUCAACAACAGUAAGCGGGUCGACGAGUAUGCGGAUCCACAAAUAUUCGACCCGAAUCCGAAAACCAAAAAAAUAAUUAAUAAAUGAAAUCUAAUCUCAUGAACCGGCGGCGAGCAUCGCCCGAUCUCUGUUUCUUCCUCCCAUGAUCUCUUGCCUCCCUUCCAUCCCUGACCCGCUCCCCAUCGACGCCGCCGGCGACGUUCGUUUCCGGUCAUCUUCUGCCGGACCUCGUCCGCCCGUCGCUCUCCGUCUCCUCAAUCAAACCCGGACGUUGUCCCAGCUUAAACAAGCCCACGCCUACAUCCUCCGCCAUGGCCUCGCCCACAAUCCCGCCGUCGUUGCCGCUCUCCUCCGCCUCUAUUCUUCCCAUCGCCGCCUUGACCUCGCCUCCGCGGUCUUCUCUCCCACCGUUGCAACCGCCAACACUUUGCAUUGGAACUUGAUGAUCCGCGCUAACGUCUCUAAUGGCUCUCCUGUCGAAGCCCUCCGGCUCUACAAUCUCCUCAUCUCCGAAGGUUCUCCAUCGCCAGACAAAUUCACCUUCCCCUUCGCCAUCACUGCCUGCUCCGCACUUACCCACCUCCCCAAAGGCAUGGAACUCCAUUCCCUCGCAAUCAAAGCCGGCUUCUCCGACGACACCUACGUCCAAAACGCUCUUAUCCAUCUCUACUUCACUUGUGGCUCAACCGACUAUGCCCGCAGGGUGUUCGACAGAAUGACCAUGAGAACAGUCGGCUCAUGGACUGCUCUAGUCUCAGGGCUCGUGGGUCUCGGUGAUCUGGAUGCUGCUAAGCAAGCAUUUGAUGAAGCGCCGGACAAAAAUGUGGUGACUUGGACAGCGAUGAUCGAUGGGUUCUCGAAGAAUGGGCGGCCAGACGAAGCAUUCGAGCUUUUCCAUAGCAUGCAAGCGCACAAUGUGAGGCCGAACGCGUUCACAGUCGUCGCACUACUCAUCGCUUGCAAUGAGUUAGGGAGCCUGCAUUUGGGGCGCCGGGUUCACGACUACGCCCGGGCGAACAGCGAGCUCUCUACAAACGUCUACGUUGGCACAGCGCUUAUAGAUAUGUACAGCAAAUGUGGUAGCUUGAUGGAUGCUGUUAAGGUGUUUGAUGAAAUGCCUGUGCGUAGCUUGGCUACUUGGAAUUCAAUGAUCACAAGCAUGGGCGUGCAUGGCCGUGGAGCUGAAGCCAUUGCAUUGUUCAGGGAGAUGGAAAGGUCCGGACUGAAGCCUGAUCGGAUUACGCUAUUCGGAGUUGUGUGCGCAUGCUCGAGAGCGGGGAUGGUUGAAGAGGCUUGUGAACUGUUUAAAUACUUGGUUCGAUGUUACCGAAUUGAGCCGGAGCUGGAGCAUUAUAAGUGCAUGGCUGAGCUAUUAGGUUCGGCCAUUGUGAAUGGAAAGGAAGAUGAGAUUGUUGAUUUGGUUAGGAAGUUAAUUGGGGUGAUGGAUGAUGCUGGGGUGCAGUUGAUGCUUGAAGCUUGUAGAUAUCAUGGUGAUGUCAAGCUUGAAGGAGUUGUUUCUAGUUGCAUUCAUGAGGUUGAGAUUUCAAAAGAAGGUGGUUCAAGUAAGACCCAACUGCAGCAGCAGCAGCAGCAGCAGAAGCUUUGUUUUUCCUGGGAAGUGGGCUAAUGCUGUCGAAUGACUUUUGGGGCCUUAAAGACUUCUUUAUGAUUUAUUUUUAGUAUUUCAACCUGUAUAAUAAUCAUUGGCCUUGAUAUGGUAAAGCCCUCUCUUGUACACUUAAAGUUUAAAUAGAGAUUGGGUGAGAGGAAUCAAUAGAGACUUUGACAAGAUAAGAAAAUGGAUUCAAAUUUAUUGUGCAGAGACUUUGGAUUACAGUUUAAAUCAUGUUAUUUUCAGGAAAAAAAAAAUUUACAGAUUUGCAGUAUCAUGUACAUGUUAUAAAACAAGUAAUAGAAUGCAGUUGCAUCAGCUUCAAUUGCAAUGGAUAGAUUACAUCCACAAUCAGUAAGAGAUGCGAAGCCUAUGCCAGAAUAAUGCCGCAGUUUAAGAAAUACUAAAAUAAUCAGUAGAAUUUUUCAACAUAAUGUUUCCUGUUCAUGAACAUUGCAUUUCAGUCAUAAAAGAAUGACCUCACACUCAGAAUAAGAAAUAAAAGAGUGCCACAAAAAGUUCAACUCAUUUGAUAGUCAAGAUAAAACCCUGCAGGACCACAACCCCAUCUAAUUUUAAUUAUAGACAAUGCAAGAUCGAGAGAAAGUUCUUAGGCGACAAAAUUAAUAUGGUCCCUACCUCUCAAAUAAGGCAAUUAUCCAUCACAUCUAACAUAAAAGAAAAAUCAAUGACAUAGGACUUGUAGAAAAAAAAAACCACCAAGAACCAGUUCAUGAUCACCCUUUGCAGGUGUAUAAAAAAUGCUUCCCAUGACUGAUCACUUUCAAUUUGCCAAUACUUAUUAAUGACUUUCUAGACUUGUACUGAGAUUGCAGACAAAUCACCAAAACCACCCGAAACUAAUCAAUCGAGCCAACAAUCUCUCCUUUGCAAUCCAUAUGUCUCACCCAAUUUUUGUACUUGUGGAGGAAACACCACAUAACUCAUUUACACCAAAGUAAAGCUCCUUCUAUUCAGACAAAAGAACAUGGCAGAGAUCUCCAAUACAAUCUCAAAGAUAUGAAUUUACCACCUCUGAUUCAUAGGUGAGCCAAAGUGGCUGUCAACCACAAGAUGAGCUCACAGAGUAGUGCCUUGAAAACUGAAGUUCUUUCAAUGGACCAGAUCAUCUUAAGUCAGCCAGAUAGAAAAGAUGCCUACAAUGGAAUGGUUCUGGAAGAAACAUGAUACUUUCAAAUAAAAAAUUAAAUUGGCAAAGUUUCAAAUUUUAAAAAGACAAGUGAAAAUAUGAAUGAUUUGCUUGCAUCAUGAUACUAUAUUAUUUCUGCAUUCUGGAAAAGUCCCAUGGCUCAGAGCAAACAGAAUUAGUCAAGACAAAUCAUCAGAUUAUCAAUCAAAACUUGAUGCAUUAUGCACAAAAAAAUAAUAUAAAAUAAAGAUCAGCUAAACUGAUCAACAAACAUCACCAAAUUUUGUAUGAACAUCUAAUACUAUUCAUGUGCAUGACAAAUAAAAUACAGAGUUAAUA